AUGAAACGUCUUUGUAUGAAAUCCAGAUCCCUUCCACGAUCCUCUAAUAACGAGGAAAAUUCGCUUUCUGAGCAAUUUAUUCAAGAGGAAUUAGGAAGUUACUCUCCAUCCGACUCUCGACCCUCUAAGCCUCGCAAGCAAAAAUCUAGGGUCAUGUCAUUACUCAGUGUAUUUAAUAGUGUCCCGAGUAUCUCCCUUACUGAGCCGACUCUAUUAUCUCCUUCACCCAGCCCAUCAGGAACAGGUCGUCUAUUUUCCGCGACACUCAAUAAUCAGUUAGAGCCCACCGUCGUUCACCGUACUCGAUUUAGAAGUCGCCCAAGUAUCAUAUCCAUUGAAAGAGGUAAUGCCGACACGACACCCGAAAUAUCUUUAUUAGCAGACGUUGAAUUAGGAUAUAACAAUUCAAGGUUAGUGAAGGUCCCUCAAGGCUUCAGGAAUUCAAGAUUCUCGAUAAAAUUAAGGACAUUGUCACCAAGAUCUACGGAAAAUUGUGGUUUCGUUGCAAAGCCUAUAAUUGGCGAAGUUGGAUCUAAUGAGUAUUUCCUUCCAUCUCUAGUUGAGGGACUAAAUAUCGAAAGACAGUUGCCAAGAUCCAUACCUACUUUUGUUACUGUGGAAAAAGCUUCAUCGGCUAAGGUUUUCUUCGAGUGUCACUACAAUACGUUAACAUCUGUUCAAACAACAGCUCGAACACUGCGAAGGAGACAGCUUGAAAUGCUUCUCAGGCAGAGCUCAGAUCUCACUGUCAAGGACAAAGAUGAGAUCCGAAGCUCUCUGCUAAAAGAUGAGAAUGAACAUCUUCGCCACUUGAGAAAUCUGAAGUCACGAAAUAAGAGUGAUCGAAUUAAGAAUCCUGCUUGUGAGAAAUAUGAGAUGGUCAAGGUCCUGGGAAAAGGGAGCUUUGGCGUUGUUCGUCUAGUAAGAGAAAAGGUUGAAGGAUCGGAAAUUAACCGAUUGGGUCCAAUGCAAAAAAUUCGAAAGCGAGAAGUGUUUGCCAUGAAAGUGAUUAAGAAAAUUAAUAUGCUGCAUAAUUGUCAAGAAGGUCACUUACGAGCCGAACGAGAUUUUCUAGUCGCUGCAGAAGGUUCUCGCUGGGUCGUACCACUUAUUUCAAGUUUUCAGGAUGUCAACAACCUUUAUCUUGUCAUGAAUUAUAUGCCAGGGGGCGACUUUCUCGGUUUGUUGAUCCGAGAAAACGUGCUCACUGAACCAGUCACAAAGUGGUAUAUUGCAGAAAUGAUUCUCUGCAUAGAAGAAGCCCAUGCUCUUCAUUGGAUUCACCGGGAUAUUAAACCAGAUAACUUUUUAAUAUCCGCUUCCGGACAUUUGAAAAUAUCAGAUUUUGGUCUAGCCUUUGAUGGUCAUUGGUCUCAUGAUCAGUCAUACUUUAACAAUCACCGUUAUUCUUUGCUCGCGAAAUUGGGAUUAAAGUUCGAGGGUGACUCAAUCGAUCAAAAGGAGAGUGAAAAUUGUACGGCAACAAUGAAGAUUGGGCCUUCUAUGAUGGAGGAAAAGCAACGUCAUGAAAUUAACUUUGACGAUUUUGAGUGUGAUGGUGUUCUAGAUUGGCGAAAUAAAUACAGUAAUAGAGGUCAUGCUCGCUCUAUUGUUGGCACAAGCCAGUACAUGGCUCCAGAAGUUUGCCUUUAUGGGCAUACGCCAUUCCUGGCCGAAGAAGGUGGGAGACAACAAACAAAGCUGAACAUAUUGAACCAUAAGACUAUGUUCAGGAUUCCUUCAAGACCAUUAGUCAGCAGAAAAUGUCAAGAUCUUUUAUCGUGUAUGAUUCAGGAGAAAGGGAAUAGGCUUAGCUCCAAGAAAUAUCGCAGUAAGGAACAUGGAUUAAAUUUGAAGCAAGAUGUAGAUUAUACGGGUAGAUAUGUGUACCCUAAUGAUGCUGAGGAGAUAAAGGAGCAUAAAUGGUUUCGAGAUAUCCAAUGGGACUACUUACACAUGAUGGUACCACCAACAAUUCCGGAAAUUAGUUCAACUGAUGAUACUCGUUACUUUGACGAAGAAGAUUCCAUAUCUGAUUUUUCGGAAUCUACUGGGCAAGUUUUAUACACACAAGAAGAGAUUUCGAAUGCUUUAAAGCCAUUCAACCAUGAUAUCCAGAUGCUAGUCACUGGAUACAUCAGCUUUCCAUAUGAUUCCGCUAGACUGAAGGAUAUUGAAAGAGAGAUUGAUCAAUUCUUUUUACCUACCGAGCAAAAACAUUAUUUGAAGGCAGUCGUCAAACUUUUUGGCCGUAGAGAGAAAAAAAGACCAAGAGAUAAGCUACUUCGGGAUAAAGUAAUUGGGCCCAAGGUUCUAGAAGUGAGAAAGAAUUAUGCCUUUUUGGGCUACACCUACCGCCGAUUUAGACCUUGUAAGAAUAAUAGAAGGGGGAUACUACGACAAGAUUGUAACCUGCUCGGAAAUUCGAGGACAAACAUUUGGCAUCGUUCACGACUUAGCUUUAAUUAA